AUGGCACACGGCACUUCAGCACCUUCCACGUUUGUUGCACUGCUCUUCACAGUGCUUUUGGCAACACAACAAGCCGAUGCAAGUCGAUUUCUUCCCAGCGCCUCCAACCGACUGCCAAGCAGCUUAGACUCAGCUGUCGCGGUGGCAGGCGCAGCAGCCAGUAGCAGCAGCCUCGCAGCAACCCUCGGUUCAACGCUCUCCGACCUCCAGACAUCCGUGAACGACCAGAUUGCGUCUCUAGACGAGCUUCUAGGAACACCGCUCGAGAAAUUCUUGGCAACAGUCAGCAGCACCGCGCCAGCUGCAAGCGCCGCGCUCCAGGCACAGAUAACCGCGCUAAAAGCCAACCUCGGUGCUUUGAAUGCGAGCCUCGUCAGUUUGAACGCGUUGAACAUCUCAGGGACCAAUCUGACCGUUACUAAGGAUCUGGUUUCUCAGAUCUCAGGCGUUCAAUCCAACAUCUCCUCGAUUAGCACCAGCAUCGCUGCUUUGAACAAGGAACUAGCUGGGAUUAUCGGCUCAGGCAUAGGCUCGGGAGUAGGCUCGGCGCGAGCGUCGAUUGCAUCCGGUGCUGCUUCCUUGAGGCAGAGCACUGCGAUCCGAGCGGCGCUGAGGCAGCGGCUGGCGGCAGUGACGCAGAAAGUAGCGGGUCUCAACGCGAACAUGUCUGCGCUCGCUGGGAUGGUGAACGGCCUGAGCGGUGCUCUGAACAGUGCUGUGAACGCCGGUUUGAACGCGGCUGGCGACAGCAGCGUGGUGUCGGGCCUCACGAAUCUUCUGCCCCAGCAGGCUGGCAUGCUGCGUAGCGUGCUGACUUCAUGCAACGGCCUGCAGUCUCUCCAGGCCGGUGCUGCCGACCUUCAGAUCCUCAAGAUUGGCUCGGACUACCUGGUCACAUACUACCUCUACGCAGCUGGAGUCACCAAGGCUCCAGAAUCUCAGGCCAUCUUCAAGGGCAGCCCCUGCAGCAAUGCUGCUUCAGCAGUCCUCACCCUCCCUGGCACAUGGCAGCCCAUGAGCCCUGUGUCUUGGUCGCUGGCCAAUGUCGUGAAGGUGUCGGCUGCUGACGUGGCGGAUGUGCUCGCAUCACUCCAAGUGGUCACCAAUGAUGACCUUACCUCGGAUUUUCCGGGGCUGACGGGUCACUCUCAGGAAAAAUGA